AGGGACUGCUCCGAUUACAGUUCCCCACAGGCUCCUCCAACAAGGAUGCAAUUGCUCACGAUCUGUUGUGAUCAGUCGCAUCCUUGAUGGCGAAUGCGACCUGGGGACCUCCGGCUUGCUUGGGUGUCAUUGUCAGAUAGCCUGUACCGCAACAUCAGCGCAUAAAUCCACGAACGACAUAGAGAGAACGCGCCUGAGUGAAAGAGUGUCAUAAGUUCCAAUACUACAACACGGAACUUUCAUCCGUAUCUCACCUUUACGCCGGUGAGAGACGCUGAAACUAGCAUUGGGCUUUCGGUUGCUCCUGUAGCAGUCAGUUGCAACGGGCGCCUAACCCUCGCCACCUCGGAACCUCUCCGCCUACAAAACACAUCAUGUCGAGACAGCUGCUUGCAAAAUCUCGCUCUGACUUCCCAAAUCGUCGGGCCCCAUUCCGUGAUGCCCUCCGCAAGGGAAACAGCUUGUCUGCUCUCCCAGCUGCCAUCAACCUCCACCUCGCAGACCCUAUUGGCCUGGUCAACAUCGAGCGGAUCCAGAGGACAGUGCACACGGAAGUAGGCCGUUGCAUGCAGAGCGCUGGGCUCCAGACAACCUCCUUGGACAUCGAGCACAUUAACUUUUUGUGCCCUACCAACGCCGAAAACGUUGAAAAUGCAGCACGGUUUCAAUGGUUUUGGAGAAAUCCUCUCUUUGUCUCAGACGAAGACAUGAUGAUGUCGCUCUCUCUCAAGGACGGCGGUGGAGCGAAUGAAGCAGACGGCACUCAGCUCUUUUAUGUUCGAAGCUGGACAAUGACGGUCUCGGACUGCAAUACAAUCAUCGCCUCUUGGUCAACCGAGGGAUUGGACCCACCCGAAGCGGAACCAUGGAUCAUGGCUAUGGCGACGAGACCCUUGGAGACAGUGAUUUCCAAUCGAUACAUCCGGAUGUGUGAGCUCCCCUCCACCCCUGAAGCCCGAUUUGAGCACGACUCCCGGCAUCAGUACGGCCUCCUUUCGCAAUUCCUCAAAGUACUGCAAGCGAUGUUCCCAGAUGCCUAUGAAGCAGCUCGCAUAUUCACAUUCCCUGCCGCCACUCAAGCAAACUACGUUGCAAGGGCCAUCAGGGACGACCGCGAACGUGCAAUAAUUCAUUUCUUUGGAAUAGACAACCUCCUGAACCGUCAAACCGGCGGCUUCUACAAGCAAUACCUACCCACCUCGGCCGAUUACACACUGUUUGUGAAUUUGGGAACGGAUGUCUUCUCCCAACUUACAAACGCUCAAAGUACCGCUGCCACCACCGUCAAUGCUCGCCCCUUCAAGAGGGCUGCUCUGCGCCGCUGGAUCACUAAAACAUCCGAAUUCAGGCAAAUCCACCACCCUAUGCCCGAGAAGCUCCUGGACUGGAUGUUUCUCCAGUCGCAGCGAAGCAUGUAUCAAGGCCAGCAGAUUGCCGCGCUUCUCGGCAAAGAUAUUACCCAGGUGGACUACCUCGAAGCUCUCCCAUAUCUUGGCACUCGGAUGAGCCGAUUUCGCCAAGUGGGUACCUGAUGGAGACUUGCGACGAGACCAACGAGACCAACAUGCGCAACGAGACCAACGAAACCAAUUUGCGGAAACAGACCAACGAGACCAAUAUGCGCAACGAAACCAACGAGACGGACAACAUGCUCAACGAAACCAACGAGACCAACAUGCGCAACGAAACCAACGAGACCGACAACAUGCGCAACGAAACCAACGAGACCAACAUGCGCAACGAAACCAACGAGACCAACGAGACCAACGAGAC